AUGGCCCCGAUUCAGACAAUGCCAAUGCCACAGCCUCAGCUGUUCGGGCGGCCACGCAUUACUACUGGUCGGGAAUGCAGAAACAACCCCCCUCUAUCCCCAGGUCCCGACGAAGUACUGGUCAACUUGAAGUUCUCCGGGCUUUGUCACUCCGCCCUUCAUCAGUGGAGAGGAAAUCAUGUCACUAGAAAGGAACAUCGCGUCGAUGGUCACGAAGGUACGGGUAUUGUUGUAGCGGCCGGUAACGAAGUGAAGGACAUUAACAUUGGUGAUCAUGUCGGUAUACAGUGUAUCAAUAGGACCUGUGGUGUCUGCGAUGCAGAUAAACAAUCAGAUUACGUCUCGUGCCCACACGCUCGGAUGACCGGAUAUUCAGUUGAUGGUACCUUUCGGGAAUACUGCAUCAGCCAAGCAUGCCAUGUCGUGCGACUCCCUAAACAGAUCCCUCUUGAUGUUGUGGCUCCGAUUAUCUGCGUCGGGACUACGUGCUUCAGAGCGGUACAGGAAAGUGGUGCACAGCCCGAUAGCCUUCUAGCUGUUGCGGGACCGCCAGGCGGACUAACAACAUUGACAUGUCAAUACGCUAAGGCCCGUGGCUGUCGAGUUCUGGUCAUAUCUACAGGAGAUUAUAGUGAUCACCUAUAUAAACAGAAGCUUGGUGCCGAGUACUACAUAGAUUACAAUUCCCCAGCCGAUAUGGUGGCUGAAGUUCAGGGUAUGAUUGGCGACGGGCCCGAUGCUGCAAUUAUAAUAGAGGGAUCGGGAGCACUUCUCAAAGGGGCACUUCAGUAUGUGCAACCUAGAGGAACAGUUGUCGUUGUGGGCUUGCCUCCAGGGACCCCGAUUGGCAUUGACAUAUCUAAGUUGGUGUCAAGGAUGGCGCAGGUGAAAGUUGUACCUUAUGGGGGUACUCGAGAACAGAUAGAAAAGGCUAUCCUUGUUUUCACCGAAGAAAGGUUCUAUCAACCAUGCCAUGAUUUUGCACUGGACGAGCUUCCUCGAAUUCUCCAUUCUAUGCAGAAUGAUAUACCUAAAGGAACAUACCCAGAAGCGCCGUUACGUUAUGGCAGUCAAUUGCUCGGCGAGGCAGUCAUCAAGAUACCUAAUGCUGAAACAAUCCCAGAACCCCAGGUGGUAGCGAACUUGCCGAGCUCUCGGCCUACAUUUAAUCAGACCACUUAUAAUAUUGGCACAUUUCUGGCCUAUCGCUUUGAGGAGCUGGGCAUUCGCGAUUACUUCGCUGUACCAGGGGAUACUAAUUUCUUCCUCCUCGAUAAUCUGCUGAAGAACCCCAAUCUUCGUAUGGUGACGUGCUGCAACGAGCUAAACGCUGGAUAUGCCGCAGAUGGAUACGCCCGCGUAUCACCAGCCCGCAUUGCGGUUGUCGUUGUUCCCUACAUUGUAGGCAGUCUCUCUGUUCUCAAUCCCGUAUCAGGAGCCUGCUCGCAAAAUAUCAGAUUGAUUAUACUCUCCGGUUGUCCCACCACGAGCCUGGUGAAAAGCGACAAAUUUCUGCAUCACGCUCCCAGCGCUAAGAAUAAAGACCAGGCCCUCCGUGCAUUCGAAGGAGUUACUGCUGCAUCCGUGCGCCUCGAAUCUGCAGAGACUGCCUCUGAUGUACUGGAUGAUACGAUAGGUGAAUGCCUCGACUCCAAUAUGCCGGUCUACAUUGAGAUUCCUAAUGAUCUUGGUUCCGCCGCAUGCGCUCAACCUUCGCCACUGAGCCGGAAGGUGAACUCGAAGAGCCAGCCACGCGUGCUAGAAGAGGCUGUAGAAUCCAUUAAGAGUAUAUGGAACUCGUCUCAAAGGCCUGUGCUAUUGCUUGGGAGUCUAGCAGGUCUAUCUCUCCCCCGUCGUCAAAUUGAACGUCUAGCAGACAAGCUUGGUUGUGCGGUUCUUUGUCAGCCCGAUGGCCGUUGCAUCGAUGAAUCUCAUCCGCAGUAUUGCGGUCAGUUCUGGGCUGGGAUGACGAACCCAGAGGGUGAGCAAAUUGUCAUGCGCUCAGAUCUCUGGUUAGUUCUUGGUGGAAAUUGGUCCGAUCUUCAUGUUAUGAUGAGUAGCAAUAAGCAAGAAGGUUAUCGCAUGAUUAGCGUGGACAAUGACUGGGUCGAGCUGCCCGACGGAAAGCACAUUAAGCCUGUGAAGAUUGAUGCAUUGGUAGCGCAGCUCAUCAUGUCUGGAAUGAAACCGAAGACUGAUUCCAUUCCGCGACCCAAGCCACUUCUUGGUUGCUUGCCCCCCGAGGAAACAGAAACCUCAGAGACACCCUUAACCUUGAAAAGCGCUAUCAGCGGUAUCCAGGGACUUAUAAAGGAGCAUGACACGUUGCUCUGCGACGCAGGAGAGUCAUGGCUCAUUGCUAAUCAUAUUCUCCUCCCCCCUGAAGCCAACUGCCAGCUACAAUUUCCAUAUUGCUCUAUCGGUUGGGCAUUGCCUGCUGGAUUUGGUUCCCAGCUUGCUCGGACACAAGGUCGAUCCAUCAUCCUUAUUGGAGAUGGAGGGUUUCAGAUGACAGCGCAAGAAGUCAGCACCAUGAUUCGGCAUAGAGCGAACGCGAUCAUAUUUCUUUUCAACAAUCUGGGUUACAAGAUCGAGACUGCUAUGCAUGAUGGACCGUAUAACUACUUGGCAAACUGGGACUAUGUCCAAUUGGCCAAUUCCUUUUCUUCAAAACCUCACGCUCCGUCGCAUAAUCCUUAUGCCAGCAAGGAAGAUGAGGGGCUAGAGGACAGUCCGCCCAUGUUCGCCAUGAAGAUCAAGACAAUAGGGGAUUUGAAGCAAGCACUGGAUAGGGUGGAUGCAGAGUCGGAUAAACUCGCCUUCCUCGAGCUGUGCAUCCAGCCUGACGAUAUAACCGAUGACCUUAGGCGGCUGGGCAAAAUUAUUGCAGAUCAAAGCGCGGAAGGGUCAGAGAAUUCUCAAAGUCCUGGUACAGAGGAGGCGAAUGAUUAGGGCAUAGGCCAGAGGUAUAGCAAUAUCUUAUCUGCGAGCUUUGAACCAUGGUGCUAUGAU